AUGGCACAACCAACACCAGCACUGACACCAACUGUACCCGACGAGAGCGCCUCCUUCAACGUCUACUCACAAGCGCUCGCCCGCCGCCCUCUCCCCUCCGACCCGGCCGUGCGCGCCGACGUCGAGCACGUCCUCGAGCACGGCUACGUGAUCAUCCCGAACUGCUUCAGCGCGGACGAGGCGCGCGAGGCGCGCGACGAGAUCAAGCGCCUGCUCGCCAAGGACUCGUCGCCGGACCGGCCGCCGCUGGCCGGGCGCAACAGCUUCGAGGGCCUCAGCACGAACCGCAUCUACUCGCUGCUCAACAAGUCGAGGGUGUUUGACAAGUUUGUCAUCCUGCCGCGCGUCCUGGCACUGAAUGACUUUUUCCUCGAUCAGGGAUACCUGCUGUCGGCAUUCCACACAAUCUCGAUCAACCCUGGCGAGAAGGCACAGGCGCUGCAUCACGAUGACGGGUAUAUCCAGUUUCCUCGGCCACGGUUGCCGUUUGGAGCAGCGAUAAUGAUAGCAUUUGACGAGUACACAGCCCAGAAUGGUGCCACACGAAUCAUCCCCGGGUCGCACAAAUGGGACAGUUCUCGACGAGGCACGCCCGAAGAAACCAUCCCGGCGCUCUGUCCCGAAGGCGGGGUCGUCUACUUCAUCAGCACCCUGUGGCACGGUGGUGGAGCCAACGUGUCGGACAAGCCUCGACAGAGUGCCACAGUGCAGUACUGCCAGCCUUACAUCCGGCCCAUCGAGAAUCAGAUCCUGGCGGUGGAUCCAAGAAAGCUGGACGAGAUCCCGCCACGCAUCGUGGAGAUGAUGGGAUAUAAACAUAUGCAGCCCUUCAUGGGUUAUGCGGACGGGCUGGGCCCUCGAAGGGCAGCGAGGCGCAUGGUCAAGUGGCUGCGGGAGGAGGUGGACCAAGAUCCUCCGACUUUUGCGCACGGGUUCAGAGAAGACUCCAAGCUGUAG